GGAUUUUCGAUCGGAAAAACGUGCUGGGCUGGACAAUAGGUCUACACUGUAUUCAAAUACGGACUACCAAGGUUUCAAGCACCCUCUGCGAGCAGGAGUUCAUGACCUCCGGGGGAAAAGUGCAUAUGAUAAGCGCUUUCUUCCGCACUUUUUCUCUCAGAAUCCUUCGCAGCUCUCUGGGAUAAUUUUCGAUCAUGUUUCUGGGUCAAGGGCGCAGACGGCACGGGUCAAAUGCUAACAUCGAGCUAUACCAAAAAGUUCUGACUAAUGAUAAAGGCGAUGUAGGCGGGAGCUCGAGUUGGAGGGAUGAUGAUGAAUCGAAGGUGUUUUCCGAGGUGCGAACGAGGGGAUUAAGGGAAGAUGAGGGCAGCAAUCCGGAUGAUUUGGGGGCAUCGCCUUCAUCGAUUUCGCUCUAUCCAAGCCAGGAGCCAUCGACUACCCGGUCUAAGCUAUCUACUUCGAGUUCUAGAUUUUCGAUACUGAAGGGUCCCGUGGUGUCCAUUCUGGAUACAUCGAUUUCGUGGAGGACGGGUGUUAAGAUGUGUGCUAGCAUCGCGGCUACGAUAUUCCUUUUUACGCUCGGGGUCACAAUUUAUUUUAUUGCCGCGUACCCUCUUGAGAAGAGUGGGCUGGGGACGCUGUACUUGGGUGACUGUGAUGAAAUGAAGAAGAUUAGUAUCUGGGCGCAUGUGGCUAUCAAUUUCGUCUCUUCGAUAUUGCUGGCUGGUAGUCAUUACACACAGCAGGUAUUGAGCGCACCGACAAGGGGGGAGAUUGAUGCAGCUCACGAGACGAAGGACUGGUUGGAUAUCGGGAUACCUAGUCUCAGGAAUCUGAAGAGAGUGGGUCAUUUACACCGGAUGGAGAGGAUAAGAGUGUGGGUUUGGUGGACUUUGGGAUUUACAAGCGUUCCUAUGCAUCUGCUCUUCAACUCUGCCAUUUUUUCCACACUGUCCUUAAACAACUAUUACGUGGGAAUAGUCACGCCGGACUUUUUUAAUGGAGCCUCAUAUAACCAGACUGGUCACGUAAUAAGUGGUCUUAGGGCUAAGACAAUGGGUUCCGUUAUUAUAGAGCCGUUUGUGGAAGGCUUCAAUUACACAUUCUGGGACCCGAAUCAGCCGGGGAAACGCUAUGUCAGCAAAUAUAUUUACGGAGGCGAAACCAUCCGCGCUGGAAAUGUUCGGAUCGAAGGGAGUUUUUAUAACACCACGAAUAGCUCAGAUUCCGUGGCUGUGAAAAUCAUGAAAGAGAUGUCGUCGGAUUUCUGGAUGCCAGAAUACAAUUUCGAGCAGAUGCGGGAAGUAGCUCAGACCAUGAGUGAGGAGAGUUGGGCGUGGCAUAAAAUGGAUACGAAAGAGUGCAGGGCAAAGUACUCGCGGCCGCUUCUGGGAGACAUGCAGAAUCUAGUGUUGGUCUCUUCAACAGAGCCCAAAGGGAACUCUUCUCUAAUGUCAAUGAUCAUAUACAAUUCUCUGGAGAAAAAGCAUUACUGGAUGUGUCAGAAUGAGAGUUCAUUGAUAGAUAUUCACAACUGGAACAAAACUGGCUACGCUUUCCCCAAGGGCUGCCAGAUGGGGGCUGAUGAUGGGGAAAGGGACAUCCCAGAUGGCGACUGGGUGGUUCGAGGACACACCAUCACUGAAUGCAGAGGUCAAAUAUCCCGGAAGAAAUGCAAGCUGCAGUUUAGCGUCGGCAUCCUCACGGUUGUAAUCAUCGCGAAUUUGCUCAAGGCGAUCGGUAUGGCGAUGGCCGCCUUCAGGAUGAAGACUGUGCCACUUGUAUUUAUGGGGGAUGCGAUUGAGUCUUUUCUCAAUGAGCCGGACAUUACCACCUUAAGAAGGUGUCUAGCUGACAAGACGAUGGCAGAGUCAUCGUGGGAGCUUCAGCCGGCACCAAAGCCGUACGCGCCGGAGCAGUGGAGGUGGUGGCAUGCGCCAUCCAAGAGGAGGCGGUCCAUCACUGUGGGGACCUGGGUGGGUAUUAUAUCCCUAUCGGCCAUUUUCAUUGGGGCGGGAUACGCGAAGGAUGCAAGGAAUGGCAAGGAAACCGACAUCAAGUCGCUGGUGAAGCAUGGGUUUGGAGCACAAACUACUUCGUCGGUUCUCAGCUCCAGGGAUGGAGGACUUAUAAUCCCGAUAUUCUUGGCCAAUUCCCCGCAAGUGGUGCUAUCGUUCUUAUACCUAACUUACAACGGCAUAUUCACUAGUAUGUUUAUGGCCAAAGAAUGGAUGGACUUUGCAAUAAAGCGUAAACCACUCCGUGUAUCGCAGCCAAUCGGCAAACAGCGAUCAACGUACUGGCUCCAGCUGCCCUACCGAUACUCCCUACCGCUAAUGGCACUGAAAUCCAUAACCCACCUUUGCGCAUCACAGGGAAUUUUCCUGGCAAAGUUCGAAGUCUUCAGUCCACUCGGCGAGACCUUUAAGGUCGUCUCCACAGUAGGAUACUCUGUGGUAGGAAUAGCGUUGCUAAUGGUUAGCGGACUAAUCCACUUAAUAGUCCUGUUCGCCAUCGGCUCGAAGAAAUAUCCCCUUGGUAUGCCACUCGCCGGUAGUUGCUCCGCUGCGAUCGCAGCGGCAUGUCACCCACCAGAGGGCGACAUGGACGCAUCUUAUGAACCGCUAAUGUGGGGCACUGUACCAGCGAAGUCGGGCUCCACCGCAGAACCGGAAGUGGGCCACUGCUCUCUGUCGAGCCUCCCAGUGGACCAGCCGAUUAUAGGGCAUUUGUAUGCCGGGAAGGAUAAAGAUGUAUAGAUCCUACCGCCACGCUGCUCGAAUACAUAACCUGCCGGCUAGCCAACAAAACAAGACACGUUGGCGAGGGUGGGUGGGUGAAUUGGACAACUUAUUGGACGUUUCUUUCAUUUCAAAAUUUCUUUCUUUCUUUUACAUUUAAUAAUAUUUUCAACCUCAACGAUGCACAUUGGACAGACGUUUGUAGGAUUGGGAUUGGAAGUAAAUAAAAAAAGUUGGCGCAG